GCAGGAGUACGUCUGGGAGGCGUCGCAUUACCUGGUCCAGCAGGUGUUCAACAGCCUCAAGGAGAUGUUCUCAGGGACCCGAGAGAUCCAGAUCUGGCUGACAGAGAGCGCCCGGCUCAUCGCCAAGUCUGGGAGGACGGUGGAGUGGGUCACCCCGCUGGGCCUCCCCAUCGUGCAGCCUUACCAUCGAUCCAAGUCCACAGUGCUGAACAGCGCCAUCCAGACCCUGAACCUGAACGUGCACUGUGACGCCAACCAGAAACCCGACACGAUGAAGCAGAAAAACGCCUUCCCGCCCAACUUCAUCCACUCGCUGGACUCCACCCACAUGAUGCUGACAGCCCUGCACUGUUUCAGGUGGGGGCCUUUCCCUGCGGGGGGGCUGGGCACGGCACGGAGAGUG